CUUUUGUGUGGUGUUUAGGCAUCUCAAUGCGUUGCGUGAGAGAGGAACACACAGCAGUUAACAUGACGCUACAUUAUCUUGAAAAUGGCACAGUGAUGGUGAACUUUGUCCAUCAGAAAGAGUUGUUCUUUCUUCCAUUGGGAUUUGUCCUAAAGGGAUUAGUUGGUUUCUCAGACUUCCAAAUUUUUCAGGAGUUGAUCAAAGGGAAAGAGGAUGAUACGUUUUACAAGAACUGUGUGUCUCAGAUGCUGAGGCUGGUGUCAGAAGAGGGCUGCAUGACACAAAAGCAGGCCCUGGUCUUCCUGGGGCAGCGCUUCAGAGUGAAAAUGAACCUUCCCGAGUGGUACCCCAGUGAGCAAGUCGGAGAGUUCCUUUUUGAGUAUGUCUUUAUAGAAAUGUGGUUGAAGUUGUAUUUUUAG